UUCGGCUUCCGUACUCACUGUGAAGUAAACUUUGUCCAGAGCUGCACGUUUGAUAUGGCAUGUCAGUCACUCUGCAGGUACACUUCUAGACUUACAUUGAACGGAAUGAUAAAAUUACGCGGUAUUGUCCGGAGCGCGUCACGUCAGGCAGAACAAUGUCUGACCGUGAAAAACCGACUUACGCAGCCCAGCGCUGCUUGGAUCACCACCGGACCACAGCAGCAGCACGGGACCUUCUAUGAGUUUCGCACAUAUUACAUCCAGCCACAUCUGAACGCUGCCUUCCUCAAACUGACCAAUGAGAAGAUCCAGCUGCGCACGGCCCACUCGGAGCUCAUUGGAUACUGGACUGUGGAAUACGGGGGUCUCAAUCAGGUGUUCCACAUCUGGAAGUAUGACAGCUAUGCCCAGCGUGCGUCUGUGCGGGCAGCCCUAGCUCAGGACCCCAUCUGGAUUGAGCAGUACAUCUCUAAAGCCAUGCCCAUGCUGAGCUCUCAGGAUAAUGAGGUGACGUACCUCGUACCCUGGAGCAAAAUUCAGAAGCCACCCAAAGAAGGCGGGGUUUUCGAGCUGGCUACUUUCCAGAUGAAGUCGGGGGGUCCGGCCGUGUGGGGCAAGGCGUUUCAGGCAGCAGUGGGCACACAUACGGGAUCAGGAUACGCUCAUUCGGUUGGGGUUUUCCACUCUGAGUUUGGACAGCUCAAUCAAGUGCAUGUGUUAUGGUGGUAUGAGAGUGCUGACCAGCGGGCAUCAGUACGCCACAGAUCUCAUGAAGAUGCCAGAGUGGUGGCGGCAGUAAGGGAAAGUGCUGCAUACCUGGUGGCACAGAAGAACAAACUCAUGUUCCCCUGUUCAUUCUCACCAAUCAAUUAACACUGCCUCAUGCUUUCACUCCAAAAUCAGGGAAACGGAGUGAACGGUCAAAAGUUCUGCAGUAAAUAAGUUAACCACGUGUAAAUCUUGCCAGUACUUUGACAAGUUUUGCUGAUGGUCAAAUAAACGGUGUGAAUCAAACCAAAGGGAUUUGCAUUACAUUGCAUCACAAGCUUUCGCCAGUAUUAGCAUACACUCAAAAAUUGCUUAUUCAAACUACUUGUUUAAAAUAAGCUGAAACAACACAAUUCUUAAGGUGUUUUUUGGGACAAUGUUAUUGUUUUAUGUUCAAUCCACGUAAAUUUGUACAAAUGAUUAAGUAAACUCAAUCAGUUUGUGUUGCGGCAACAUGAAGAAAUUGUUUGGUACCCAGCAUUUAUUACAGUUUAACUUCAAUUCUUUUCUAGAAUGCCAAUAAAAUCAAAUUUGAAAUGGA